GGCGCCACGGGGCCGCGCGUCCGGGCGGCGAGCGGAAGUGGGUGUGAGAGCGGAAGUGGCCGGCCUGAGCCGGGGGCUGGGCGGGGACCGGGCUUGUCGGUGAGGCGGCAGCGGCGGCGGCGGCUCGGCAGGCGGGUGCAGGCUUCGGGGGCCAGCCGCCGCCAUGAUCCUGCUGGAGGUGAACAACCGCAUCAUCGAGGAGACGCUCGCGCUCAAGUUCGAGAACGCGGCUGCGGGAAACAAGCCAGAAGCAGUAGAAGUAACAUUUGCAGAUUUCGAUGGGGUCCUCUAUCAUAUUUCAAAUCCUAAUGGAGACAAAACAAAAGUGAUGGUCAGUAUUUCUUUGAAAUUCUACAAAGAACUUCAGGCACAUGGUGCUGAUGAGUUAUUAAAGAGAGUGUACGGAAGCUUCUUGGUGAACCCAGAGUCAGGAUACAAUGUCUCUUUGCUGUAUGACCUUGAAAAUCUGCCUGCGUCCAAGGAUUCCAUUGUACAUCAGGCUGGCAUGUUGAAACGAAAUUGUUUUGCCUCUGUCUUUGAAAAGUACUUCCAAUUCCAAGAAGAAGGCAAGGAAGGAGAAAAUAGAGCAGUUAUCCAUUAUAGGGAUGAUGAGACCAUGUAUGUUGAGUCUAAAAAGGACAGAGUCACGGUAGUCUUCAGCACAGUCUUUAAGGAUGAUGAUGACGUGGUCAUUGGGAAGGUGUUCAUGCAGGAGUUCAAAGAAGGACGCAGAGCUAGCCACACAGCGCCACAGGUGCUCUUCAGCCACAGGGAGCCGCCUCUGGAGCUGAAGGACACCGACGCUGCCGUGGGCGACAACAUUGGCUACAUCACCUUCGUGUUGUUCCCUCGCCACACCAAUGCCAGUGCUCGAGACAACACCAUCAACCUGAUCCACACGUUCCGGGACUACCUGCACUACCACAUCAAGUGCUCCAAGGCCUAUAUUCACACACGUAUGCGGGCAAAAACAUCGGACUUCCUUAAGGUGCUGAACCGUGCACGUCCAGAUGCUGAGAAAAAAGAAAUGAAAACAAUCACGGGGAAGACAUUUUCGUCCCGCUAACUCUUGGGAACAAGAAGAGGAAGCUUCGGCUGGCAACUGAAGGCUGGAACACUUGCUACUGGAUAAUCGUAGCUUUUAAUGUUGCAUCUCUUCAGGUUCUUAAGGGAUUGUCCGUUUGGGUUCCAUUUUGUACACGUUUGGAAAAUAAUCUGCAGAAACGAGCUGUGCUUGCAAGGACUUCAUAGUUCCCAAGAAUUAAAAAAGGAAAAGAAUUUCCACUUGAUCAACUUAAUCCUUUUCUUUAUCUUCCCUCCCACACUCCCAUUCCCCCCCCCCCUUCCUUUUUGAGGCUGUUUCGCUUUGCAAUAUGUUACUGGUAAUGAGUUUCAGGAUAAUGCAAUCUUAACUUGUUUUCUCCUAAGUAUUUGUGUUCAGAACUCCUGUAUCUAAAGAAAUACGGUUGGGGUCAUUAAUAAAGAAAAUCUUUCUAUCUUA